CUCGCCGGAAGGAAGCAGGGGGUUGUGGGAUCGCCGCUGACAGAAAGCCUUCCGUUACCAGCCCCGCUCUCUCGCUGUCAGCCAGUCCCCGUCAUGUCCGGCUACGCCGUCUCAGGCUUCUUCUCCGGCCCGGAGCUCCUGGAGGACCCGGCCCACGCCGCGGCCCUGCUGGCCCAGCUCAAAGCCUUCUACGACGCCCGGCUGCUGUGCGAUGUCACCAUCCGGGUGCUGGGAGGAGGAGGGGGCCCGGCGGAGCCCGGGGGCGGGGGGCCCGACAGCGGCCGCAGCUUCAACUGUAACCGCAACGUGCUGUCCGCCGCCUGCCCCUACUUCAAGAGCAUGUUCACGGGCGGCCUGUACGAGAGCAAGCAGCAGCAGGUCACCCUGCACGACAUGGACCCCGAGGCCAUGGCCCUCAUCAUCGACUACUGCUACACCGGCCGCGUCACCGUCACCGAGAGCAACGUGCAGCGCCUGUACGCCGCCGCCGACAUGCUGCAGCUGGAGUACGUGCGCCAGGCCUGCGCCGGGUACCUGGCCCGCCGCCUCGACCUGCACAACUGCGCCAGCAUCCUGCGCUUUGCCGAUGCCUUCGACCACCCGGAGCUGCGCUCCCGCUCCCUGGCCUUCAUGGCUCGCCACUUCGAGCAGCUGGCGGUGGGGGAUGAGCUGUGCGAGCUGAGCCUGGCCCAACUCAAGGAGGUGCUGACCAUGGACAACCUGGACGUGUGCAGUGAGAGGGUGGUGUGCAGUGCUGCCCUGCGCUGGAUGGAGGCCAACCCCAAGGAAAGGUCUGGUGGGUUCCUGGAGAUCCUACGCUGUGUGCGCUGGCAGCACUUCACCGACAAAGACCAAGUCUUUCUGGAAGGACUAAGGUCCAAGCCGUGCCUGCGCAAAAACUGCCUGCAGUACCUGGAUGCCGUGCUGCAGGAGAAAGAUGGCAAGUUUGCCAUAUCCGCCUUAUCUUGUCAGGAGGGCAGUCCGCUGCGUAGGAUUGGCAUGCUCGCUAAGGAGAUGGUCAUUUUCUUUGGCCAUCGAAAGGAGCCGUUCUUGUGUUACGAUCCCUACUCAGGUGACAUAUAUACAAUGCCCUCUCCUCUCACUACUUUUGCUCAUGGUAAAGCUGUAACGUCUUCUGCCGUGUGUGUGUCACCUGAGAAUGACUUGUACCUUGCCACACAACCUAUGAAGCAGCUUUGGGUGUAUAGUCCUGUUCAGAACAGCUGGCAGCUGUUAGCGGAAAGACUGUUGUGUAGAGAAGGAAUGGACGUUGCUUACCUCAAUGGCUAUGUCUAUAUUGUUGGUGGUCGUGACCCAUCUACGGGUGCCAAGAUCAGAGAGGUGGAAUGCUACAGCGUGCAAAGAAACCAGUGGACAUUGGUAGCCCCACUACCUCACUCAUUCUACUCAUUUGAGCUGGUCACGGUCAAUGACCAUUUGUACGCUGUCAGCAACAAAAGGAUGCUAUGCUAUGAUCCUGCUCGCAACCAGUGGCUUAACUGUGCAUCUCUAAAACGGUGCGACUUUCAAGAAGCCUGUGUUUUUAAUGAUGAAAUUUACUGCAUAUGUGACAUCCCUGUGGUGAAGGUCUACAAUCCUUCUCGAGGAGAAUGGCGACGCAUCUGCCAAAUACCAACUGAAGGGAACACAAACAACUACCAGAUUGUACGUCAUGGUUCAAAACUGUUGCUCAUCACCUGUACUACUGUUCAGUGGAAGAAGAACAGAGUUACUGUCCAUGAGUAUGAUGUGACAAAUGACCGCUGGCUUAAUAUUGGCACCAUGCUUGGCCUUUUGCAUUAUGACUGUGGUUCUAUCUGCCUCUCUGCUCGUGUGUAUCCAUCCUGCCUGGAGCCAGGGCAGAGUUUCAUUACAGAAGAGGAUGAUGUUCGCAGUGAGUCGAGCACUGACUGGAUGGAUGGCUUCAGUGAGCUGGACUCAGAGUCUGACAGCCUCAGCUCCUUCUCAGAAGAUGAGUGGCCAAGGGUUUCAGCAAGGCAUCGGAUAUACGUAGAGGGCUCUUUUUAAUGGCUAUGCCGUAAUUUUGCUUGGCACACAAACCGUAUUUUGUAGAUUUUUUUUUAUUUUUUUUUUCUCUGCCGCUUUGUAUAGGUUCCUUGGACAAACUGAAAAUGAACAUGCUUCACUUGUUAAUGCAUCCCAUCAUACAAACAUCCUACACUGCUCUCCCUUUAAAUUAAACUAUAAUAUUUUGUUUAAGAGAUGGAAAUGUGUUCUGUAUUGGGAAAAGCUUGUUUAAUAUAUUUUUCAAGGGUGCUAUUGUCUCUUUAUGAUUUAAUAUACAGAUUAGUUGUGUGGUUUGUAGAAUAGGUUUUGCUGAGCACAAGGUACGGUAUUAGUUUCAAACAUAUGCUGACCUCUAGGCUGCUUAGCAAAGGAGAUUGAAUAAGCACCAAUUUAUGUGUAACAAAACAAAAUCUAGAAUUCUUACAAAAAAAUGUGAAUGGACAUAAACAUAUUUGCCAUAUAUAAAUGUUAAACUCAUUGUACAUAUGUCACUGCCUUUUGGUGUCUAACCAAAUCUAGUAGAAUUACAUUACAAUAUUAUAGUAAUGCAGAUAUGGGCAGGUGCCUCCUUAGGAUGUCAUCCCAAAACCCCAAGGACUUGAAAGCUAGCUGCAGAUUAGUGAAUUAAAAAAAAAAUGCAUAAUGCAGUAAUUCACAAAAGGACACCUGUUUUCAUUUUAGAAAAUAAGAGUAUCGGGGUUUCUUUGUUAAUUUACAAAAAUUCUCUACCCAUGGGCAUGUUAAACUAAUUGUUUAGAAAUGUUGUUUUGUGAUCUAUCUGCAAAAUUUUCAUAUGCUUGAUUUAAAUCAAGUGUAACUUUUAUUUGUGUGUGUGGCAUAGUGUGCAUAUCAACACACGCGGAAGUGUAAAUUUGCCAAGUAGAUGUGUAGUAAAUGCCUUAUUUAAUUUUUAUUCCUUUCUUCCAUGCUAAAAUACUAAAACACUGAGUAUUUUUUAGGCAACCCAUAUCCUAAUUAGGUUCCUUUAUUAAACCAAAUGUUCUGUAAUUUUUUUUUCUUCAGUUGAGUGCUUUUUCCUUCUCUUUAUAGCACCUGUUUAUACUUCUGAUAAUCUAAGUGCACAGUGUUGUAUAGAGGCUGUGAUUUGUAACAUUAGCAGAUAAAAGGUGAGCUCCCGUUAAUUGACCAGAGAACCUUUGGAUUUUAGUUUCAGGAGCAUCCAAAUGUGCCUGUUUUAUUUUAAACAGGACUGCUACUUAACUGGGUGAGGUUUUUUUCUUUUAUUUUUUUUCUUUUAAAUAAAAUUGGAUUCACAAUAUGAUCAACAGUGUUUUGUAUUGGCAAACAAAUAUGAAAAAGGAUUGUAGGAACAUUACAUACAAAACUGCCAUAUUUUUUUUAAACAUGACAGCUGCACAAACUAAAUUUUUUUUGGUUUCCAAAAAACUUUAUUGCAAGGUAAAUGUGAUACAGUAAAAUUGUAGAGAAUAAUGCAGACAUUGUAAAGUUACAUGUGGGUACACAGCAAUGAGGUGUAAACAAGGCAGUUCUUCUCAAGAUGACCAAAAUACAGGUCCAAGGUAUAAAGGAACGUAUACACAAGCAGUAUUUAGUGAACAAAAAAGUAUAUCUAAAAAACCAUUGGAAUGGACAGAGGGAGGGGGCCUCUGUCAUCUCCAGCACGCAUCCGGUAUCCUUGGAUCUUAUUUGUGCAAUUUUGCCAGUGUGCAGUACCAAUGGGUGACACCUGAAAUUUGGAGCAUAUCAUUAAUAUGUGAGAUGAAAGAUUUGUUUUAUUUUUUUGGCCAUUGUUGGUUAGUGAGAUGUAAGCCAAGAUAUUUCUUCCACCUCUCUAUGUACAUCAGUAAGCUAAACAAUCUAGAAUUAUCUAGUUCUUUAUAAAUUAGGGCAAAAUCUUACUUUAGAGAUGUAAGUGUGAGGCAAGAGCUCUCAAACUCAAAGGCAGAGAUCCCUCCUCAAUUCCACGUAUGGAUUGUAGGUAGUGUCAGCUUAUGAUGUUGAAAUUUGUCAAUAAAAGUCAGAAUCCGUGAGGUCAAGUAGUUCCCUAUGGAGGGCAACUGAGAGCCCUUAAGUACGUCUCCAAGUGUCACGCACUCUUUGUGUAGGCAGCUUGGAGACAGCCAUUCAGAUAGAUCAUUGAGCAACAUUGGAUUGUGUCAAUGUGUGCCAGUCAUCGAGAGUUUACCACUUGUCAUUAUUUUACACAAGAACAUCAGAGUGGGGUAUUUGAGUCUUUUAUAUUUUACCAUAAGUUGGUUGCAAUGAUUGUAUUGGCACAGACCUUAAAGAUGGCUUAAACUGAGAAUUUAAUUUGAUUUAGGGUUAUUAAACUUGCAUCAUUAGCCCCAUAUUUUGUUAAUUAUAAGGUAAUGAAAGUUGUUCACAACAAAGAUAUAUAUAUAUAUAUAUAUAUAUAUAUAUAUAUAUAUAUAUAUAUAUAUAUAUAUAUAUAUAUAUAUAUAUAUAUAUAUAUAUAUAUAUAUGGCUUGGCACUCACCUUUUCGUCCAAUGUAAAAAUAGAAAAUAUUGCCCUGGUUCAAUCACACAUUGAAGAUAUAUAUAUAUAUAUAUCUAACAGAAUAGAUACUCUGUGGUCUUCAUUAAGUAAAAUGGUGUUUAAUCCAUAUAAGGAAUUACAUAUGUAUUGGGUUGAAAAGUCUGCAUAGACUGAAACGUCGACUAUUGUGUUAAUCACUGUUUGCUUAAUAAAGCAGCAGUUUGAAUUUACUUUACCAAGACUCCAGAGUGCUCUCUACUUGGUAUAUAUAUUUUGGUUGGAGAUUGUGCACCGGAGCACAGAAAGACCGGGAACAUUGAGUGCUGGGACCUGGGAAAAAAAUAAAUAAAUAAUUAAUUAAAAAAAUAAAAUAAAAUAUAUAUAUAAUUUUAUUUUAUUUUUUUUUCCUCUCCAAUAUGUUAAAGGUCCUGAAAAAAGUGUAAUACUGUUUUCUUUCACGAAGCAAUAUAUGGGCAGAUGUGAAUUUUGUAAACUGCAUUCAUUCCAAUAUUUGCUGUGCCUAUCACAACUACAGUAUAUAGGCAUACAAUACCAUUUAAAAAAUAUAUAUAUAUAUAUAUAUAUAUAUAUUUCUUUGCAAAACUUGUAUUUGUGUAUGAAUGCUUUGUAUGUUUAGACAGCGUCUGGAGGAUGUUAGUGUGCAUGAAUGAACAUUUAUUUGCGCAGACACCAUGAGGUGAUUGCCAUGCGGAUGUUGUGGGUUUGUGAAAGGAUAUCUUCAAUUUUAUUUACUUACGGAAUAAAGUUCCGCCAAGUAAACAAUCUAGGUUGGAUUAGUGGCAUUUAAUCAAUAUUUAAGGUCCCAAAUAAAUUCAACACUCCAAUGUGCAAAAUUCAGCUUUUUAAUUAACCAUAAAUGAUGCAGGCAGAAAUCUGGGAUAUUUUUUCCAAUUGGUGAAUAUUUCCAAUACUAGAAACUCUGCAUACUGUACCCAAGUUUUCCAUUUCUGAGCCUUUAUCGACUUGACUUUGAAUACUUCUAAAUUAGUCAGUAUGUUUUGUUGAACUUUCGGGUCUCUCUUCCGCGAAAAUGCAUUGUUUACCUUGCACUGUAGUGAUCACUUCCCUGACUACUCCUCAGAUGGAUACUAGAGGUGCUUUCUGGGGAAGUGCUGCACACUGUGUAGUACUGCCAUUCAGGAUCUGUACCAUCUCAGUAUCUCCACCCUCUCUGCAUGGAGAAUCUGAACUUUCCUCAUAGGGAUGCAUUGAUUCAAUGGAUCUCUAUGAGAAGAUGCUUAUUAAUCAGGGGUGUUUUUGACUUGUGCUGGCUCUGCCUCCUUGACAGUCUCUGCCAAUCCUAUGGUAAAGCAUUGUGAUUGCCUCACAGAAUCACUAAUGAUGUUGGACAGGUCAGAGGCAGCAGCUGCUGACCUGAAUACAAGUAAGAUUAUACUAUAUUUAGGGAGGCCUGGGUUUGUGUUCCUUUAAAAACAGUAUUCAUAAUUCCUAGGGUAACAGUAUCAUUAUUGCAAAAAUAUGGAUGCUUGCAUAACUUUGAAACACUUCUCCAUGUCCAACUUACACAAUUCGUACAUGUUUCUGAUCUUAUUUGUAGACCUAUGGUGUGAGCUGUGAGCAUUCAUAGUAAGUUUCUAAUCCUAGUAUUGUGGUUAUGCAUUACAUGUUUUAAAUAUUUUAUAAUAAAGGUUUGUUUUUUGCUAGAGUAGAGUUUUAUUUUUUGUCGCCCCAUGGACUUUAUUGGCCGCAGUGUUUCAAGCAUACAAGGUAAACUGCAGAUGAGCAUGCCAAUUAUCUUUUUCAUUCUACUUCUAUAUUUAUAUAUUUUUGCUAACCUUUUCCUAGAUAGAACAGAUUGUGCCUGCUUGGGUUACUAAAAGUGUAUGCCAAAUGUUAGGUGCAAACAUGCUGAUUGGGAAAUGUUUUCUCUUUUUUCAUUUGCAGUCUAAUUUGCUGUAUUUUGUGUAUUUAAUGGCAUUCAAACACCACAUGGUGUGAUU